AUGAACUCAGAAGAAGAUGAAUCGGAAAAAGAAGAUGAAUUGGAAGAAGAAGAAGAGCACGAAGAAGAAAAAGAAAGAGGACAAGCAAAGGACAAGGAUUUGUCUGGUGACCAACUAGAGAACAAGGAUGAGGAGUAUAAUGAUGAUAAUGAUGGCGAGGAAAAUCGACAAUCUCCACUCAGGAUCACAAACUCCACAACAGCAAGAAGAAACCUCAACCGGAACAAACCACCAAGGAAGCAACUCAACCGGAACAAACAGAACCUUCAGAUGCACAUGUCUCUUCUUUUGCACCGGUCAUGGUACUCCAUUAAGGAGCAUGCGCUGCUGAGUGGAUUGGAUUGUCAUGACUACCCUAGCAACUAUGGGGAGCUGAAGGACAAGGAUGCUGGCGAUUUCAAGUUUGUUGAAAAGUGGUUCAAGAGAAGGACCAAUAUUACCAUAGCAGAUGUGAAGAAGAAGCUACCGAAAGUGAAGAGCGCUGUUAACAAGAAGAAGAUGGCUGCGCUAUAUUUCUUAACCAAUGUCUUGAAAGCGAAGUCCAAAUAUAAAGGAAACAUAGAGCCAUUCUUUCUCAAAGUCGUGGAUGAUUUGGACUUGUGCGAAAAAUUCCCUUGGGGCCGUUUGACCUUUGAUGAUUUGGUAGAUGAAGUUAAGAAAGUAGCGAAGAAGUUCAAGGGAGGCGUCGUCAACGAGAAGGAUUCAUGGACCUUUUCUGGAUACAUUCUUCCUAUUGAGGCUUUUGCGUAUGAGUGCAUUCCUGCGCUUGCUCGAACCUUUCGAGAACCUGUUCAUGCAGAGAGCGACUGUCCAAGGUUGUGCAAGCACAAUUUCAAAGCGACUUACAUGAAAGGUUAUCCACUGUCCGAGAUAAACGAAGCAAUUGGGAGCAAUAGGGAUAUCAUAAGCAUCUUGGAACCAACCUCAGAGGAGGAAACCCUUAUGGAGCGCAUCAUAGACCCUGGUUGUGAUGAUGGGAUUGGCUACGUGGAUCAUUUAGUCGACCUUUGGAGAAACCAUCUAAUCGUCCAAAAGAAGAAGAUAUGGUGGGAGUCUCUGUACAAGAUUGACUUGGCCGGCAGAGGUAUCACCGAGUUUGCAAAUGAAGUACCAAUGCAGGCACCUGACAACGGUGGAUCAGUUCAGGGAAUGAUGGAAACGAUGAAAGCUUUGAUCGAGGAAGCAACAAAGAAGUUGGAGGAUAAGAUGGAUGAUGUUACCUCAGAGAUUAAGGCAAUGGUUGGGGACUUAGAUGAGAGACUUGAUAUGGUUGAAUGUUAUGUCAAUGAGCAACGAACCAAGAAGGCUCAUGAUAGAAGCGGAGCAAGUAGUUUUCCUCUAGGUUCUGCUUUUCGGACUCCGGCCGAGAAGGUGGUAGCAGGGGAUAUAAGUGAAGAAGAGGAGGAGGCGGAGGAGGAGGCGGAGGAGGAGGAGGAGGAGGAGCAAGUAGUAGAACCGCCAAAGAAGAGAAGAAAAGAAACUCCAGCAGAGAAAGAGAAGAGGACAAUCAGACCUUCAGCUAUUCUCUCAUCUCCAUAUGUGGCUGGUCAGGCAAAUAGAAAAAGAAAAGGCAAGACAAGUGGAAAAGGGAAAGGAGGUGCAAAGAGGCCGUACAACACACGUAGGAAACAAGGCUGA